AUUAGCGGCGCCAAAACCAACUCUGAAAUCCAUCUGCGCUUCGUUCUUUCUUUCUCUUCUUCUUCUGCUGUUUGCUAUUGCAGUCCAGUGGUUUCGAAUCCAGACAGUCGGAUCUCUGGUUUAUUUGCUUUUGUUUUUAUUAUUCGUCCUUGAUUUCUCUGGCUGCGGAAGGCUGCGGAAAUAACGUGCGCAUUGUUGUUCAGAUGUCGACGAAUGGACCUCUGUUUUAUGCUGAGGAUACCGUUUAUACCAAUGACGCGAACAACAUCGGAAUCGUGGAGAAAACCUGGCAUGAUGUCUAUCGCGACUACCCAUACGAUGAUGAUCAGAUCGAUGGACCUCCGGAAAUAGUCCAGCACUACCGCAACAACGGCCUGCCUCCUCGUGGCUGGACCAUCGUCGCAGAAACCCUCGGUCGACGCGCCAUCCCCGACGCUGCUCUCCGCCUCGUCGACCGCACCUUUUCCUGCGGCGAUAUCACCAGAUACGUCGGCCGCUCGUCCCAGUCCGGCAUCGUGCUCGAGGUCUCAAUGACCGUCUCGCUCCAGCAUACUCUCACAAACCAGGUCGUGCACGACGUCCCCGGCGAUGAGCUCCAGCUGUACAUAUACCCCGAACAAGGCCAGCUCAUCAGCGACGGCGAGAGACUGGGCGAGGUCGUCAAUGCCUUGUACCGGACGGCGAUAAGGCAGCCUAAUGGUGGUACGGUCUGGGUCAACGAGGCCUCGGAUCUGGAAGUCGUGGUUCCCGCGACUGCGUCCCAGGUCGCCCCAACUAGAGGGAUCGCUCCCGCGCUGAUAGCUGCGCCGACUGAGGUCCCGUUCCCGCAUCAGACGGUCGUCACUUCUCGCGAAAACAUCCGCAGAGGACAGUGGAUCUACGGCGCUUAUGACCCCUUGGUGCCUCCUGCGGGGACAGUUUUGAGAUCUGAAGUCCAGAGUCUGACGCUGCGGUGGCUGCCGGAGGGCAUCGAAGACUUUAUAGACGUCGAGGAUGCGGACUACAGCAAGUUCAAGGUAUACCUCGACAUGAUGGACUAUGGAAACUGGACAGUGGGCGACCGCGUGGUCCUAAAGAACGGCCCCGACGCGUUCGCAAAGUAUGGUCUCACGCGGCUAGGAAGAGAACGGUACGGCGGGUUCGACGUAAACACUCUGAUUAUUUCCGAGACACACACAAAGGUGAAGGUCAGGUGGCAGGAUCUGACAGAGACCGUCGAAGACUCGAAAAAUCUGGCGCCGUACGUGCUUGCUGACGACCACGAUAUAUGGCCGGGCGAGUUUGUCGGGCGGAAGGAUCCGUCGAAAAAGCAGCCGGCGGAGGACGUCGACAUCGAGCUGGAUUAUACGCACAUUGGUGUCGCGCAGUCGGUCGAGACCAAGGAGCAGUCUGCUAAAGUCCGCUGGUUCAAGGAUACAAACAAUCUCACGCCCGAGAAUCUGUCUGAUGUCGAGGAGGAAGUCAGUUACUACGAACUUGCGCCGCACUCCUUGAUCAGCUACGGCAUCGGCGAUUACGUUUACCUCCCGCAUGCUCCCUUUCUGCAACCCGAGUCUGGUCGGACUUCGAUCUUGGAGCAAGGCGGGGGUAUGAUGUCGGCGUUUGCGCGCGCGAUUCUGACGCAGGGGAAUAACCAACUAACCCAGCUUGCGCGAUCGAUUCUGCGCACGGGAUCUGGUCCGCAGAGUCCUACGAGCGAGACUGAAGGAGGCGCGGGAGGAGGAGGUCGGAGGUCUGCAGAGUUGACCGCUCGGGAUGCAGCGCAGUCUGUGUGCGAUUGGUACGGCCAGAUCGUUCGGCUGAAUUUGGACGGGACUGUGAUUGUUCGGCUGGGAUUCUUUGAUCCACCAAAAGACGUGGAGUAUCCGGCGACUGCUAUAAUCGGCUUGCCUGAGGACGAGGAGGAAGAUGAGGACGCCGAUAUUGAUUACGAUGGGUCGUAUAUCGACUCUGAGAUCGACAUGGACGAGGAUGAGAUUGACUAUCUUCAUGAUGGCACGCAGGACGCCAGCGAGACUAGGCGGUUGAUGGUUGCUGGUGAAGCUACCACGCGAUACCCUGACGGCGAGCAAAUUACGGAUGACGGAUCGAGCUGGGAAGACGAGGAUGAUGAGGAUCUGGAGUUUGACAGUGCGUAUGAAGGGCACGAAGAUUUAGAGUCGCCGGGUUCGUCGUCCGAGCCACCGACUAAGGUGCUUGUGACUGAAGCCACGCAGAAUGGAAAGGCAGUUGGGAAGAUUGAGGAGGUGGAGAUUUCUGGACCCGCGGCUGAUGAGGAUGAAGACGAGGACGGCGAGCUUAGUCGGUUUUUGAUCAUCGACAGCAUGCCCGGGGACGACCACCAUUUCGCAUCUCAAGAGCCCGCGUCUCUGAACCACCGCCGACUUGCACGAGAGCGCAAGAUCCUACAGACUUCUCUGCCGGAAGGAAUCUACGUGCGCACAUACGCGAGCAGACUCGAUCUCUACCGGGUUCUAAUCAUCGGCCCUGCGCAGACGCCGUACGAGAUGGCGCCGUUUAUGUUUGAUAUGUACAUUAAAUCCUCGUUCCCCAAAGAACCACCCGAGUGUUUUUUCCACAGCUGGAACACGAACGGUGCCGGGCGCGUGAACCCGAACCUGUACGAAGACGGCAAGAUCUGUCUGUCGCUUCUGGGCACGUGGCCUGGCGAACAGUCGACAGAGGUCUGGAGUCCGGAGACGAGCACGAUUCUGCAGCUGCUGGUUAGCUUGCAAGCGUUGGUGCUGAACAACACUCCGUACUUCAACGAGGCCGGGUACGACGCAAUGAUAAACACGGACGAGUCCGCGGUCUCGGCGGAGCUGUACUCGCAGCGGACGUUUGUGCUUUCUCGCGGGUUUGUGCUGUACGCGCUCGAGAACCCGGUCGAGGAGUUUGCGAGUGUGAUUGAGCACUUGUAUUACAAGAAAGGGUACUUUAAGAAAAACCUGGAAUGGAUAAAAGAAGUACUGGACAACUCGACGACCGGCAACGCUGGGAACACGUCCUUGGCCGCUGCUACAGACGCGAAGGCAUCUUCGGAGAGAAUCUCGAGGGUCUCGAAGGGCGCGCGGAUGGUGCUCGAGAGGCAUUAUCAGAGCCUGAAGCAGUUGGCGGAUGCGAAGGGCAUAUAGCCUUUUGAUUAAUUUAUUAUUGCUUUCUUUUUGUCUGGUUUUAUUUUAUUUUAUUUACUGGCGCUCCAUGAUUUCUGUUUUAUUUAUUGCUUUUGUCAGUAUACUUCUACUACAUAAUUACUUUGUUUAUUGUUUAUUGUUUAUUGUUAUUUCUUAUUCGUUUUCAACAUAAUGGCUUAAUGAGUACAUUCGCUGACUCUUCUUUACUGUACAUAUAUAGAGAUUUUCAUUUAACGA